AUGGGCCGAGAAGAACAGGUCGAAGAACGCGAGGUUCUCGACUCCAUCUUCCCAGAUGAAAUCACAGACAUAUCCGAGACCGAAUACCGCAUAUCCAUAAAACUCGACCUCCCCGACGACAACAACGAUGACGAAACAGACGAGCCCCCAACCCUCGUCCUGCACGUGCGGUACCCAGACGACUACCCCGACGAGGCGCCCAUCCUCGACCUCUCGCCGCCGCAAAACGCCGUCCCGCACCCACACUUCUCCGUCGCCUCGGACAAGGCGCAGCUGCUAAAGGGGCUCGAGGACACGAUCCAGGAGAACAUGGGCAUGGCCAUGGUAUUCACGCUCGUAACGACGCUCAAGGAGGAAGCCGAGCAGCUGAUCGCGGAGCGGCGCGCGGCCGCCGCCCAAGUGCACGAGGAAGCGAUGUUAGCCGCGGAGCGCGAGGAAAACAAGAAGUUCCACGGCACGCCGGUGACGCCCGAGACGUUUCUCAAGUGGCGCGAGGGCUUUCUGAAAGAAAUGGAGGAGAAGCAGCGCCGGGAGGAGGAAGAGAAGCUCGCGGAGCUGAAGAAGGCCAAGGUGAAGGAGCCGGUGAGGUUGACGGGCAAGCAGCUCUGGGAGCGCGGAUUAGUGGGUAAGAUUGACGAGGGCGAGGACGACGACGGUAUUCCCGUCGACCAGGUUGACAAGCUCAAGAUUGAAGCAUGA